AUGGGAGGCGACCACAAGUGCCCCGUCUGCCAGGCCACCUUCACCCGGCCCCAGCAUGUCGCCCGCCACAUGCGCUCUCACACCGGCGACAGGCCCUACAAGUGCCAGUACUGUGGCGAUCAAUUCGCCAGGAGUGAUCUUCUCUCGAGACAUGUAAACAAGUGCCACGCCAGCGAAAAGCCCCUCCCUACCGGAACGCGCAGGAAGGGCACCGCGUCCGCGACGCGCGCGACGACCAGCAAACAGGCUUGCGACCAGUGUGUGCAGUCGAGCCUGCCGUGCGAUGGAUGUAAUCCGUGCUCGAAGUGCGUCCAGCGCAAGUGUCGCUGCACGUAUGUCAAGUUCCACCGCCAGACCGCACCCUCCGGCCCCGGACACAAUCUGCGCCCCGAGGUCCCGCCCCCCGGCGCGCUCCAAAGGCCGCUGCCGCCGUCCGGCGCACUCGCCGGGCCCUCGUCCUCCAGAAUCCCGCUCUACCCGCAGCCCGAGGACGACUUUAUCCUCGGCCCGCCCCCAUCUGCCCUCCCGACGAUGGCCGAGACACUCUACAACUCCAAUUCCUUCUCCUUCCCUCCGCUGUACCCGCAAUCUGGGUCGGGCGACGUAUCGGGUGGGGAAGGCUCCGACUACGCGUCAAAAUUCCGCGCACAGGCUGAACUUUACGGAACGGGCGGGCGCACGGGUUUGACCCCUGGCGGGAUGUAUGAUCCUCGACCGGGAUCGUCGACGUCAUCCUCGUCGUGGCUCAGCGGCGGCUGGGAGGCGCAGGCGCACGACCCCCACGAAGCAUAUACGCAACAACACCACCAUUCUUCACCAACACACUCGCAACCAAGACACGCAGCAGAGCUUAUGCCUGCAUCGUCCCAUCAUUCGUCUACGACCUCCUCGAUGCACGGUAAUCACUUCUAUCCUAGCGUUAGAUAUACGUAG